CGUGCGCAAAAGACCGAGGGAUAAGCCGGAGGCGGAGCUUGAGUACCAAGUAAUCGGCCUCGGCCUCACACAGUGGCACCCCCCCUCCCCGGGCCAAGUCAGGGCCGCCCUCCCCGCGGAGUCGCAAGCACGGGCAGCUCCGGUCGGUAAACAGUCAAGGCCUGCGCAUGCGCGGAGAGCCCCCGCGCAACCUGGAGCGGGCCGGACGCGCGCGGCCUUGUGGGAGUUGUAGUCCUUAGUCCUCGCCCGCGCGGGCUUUGAUUCCCGUGGUGCCCCGGGCGGCCCGUUUCCGGCGCGGCUACGGGUCGGCGCACGCGGCCUCGGUCCGGUUGACUUUGCGGAGCCAUGGAGGGCGGCUUCGGCUCGGAUUUUGGGGGCUCCGGCAGCGGUAAGCUGGACCCAGGGCUUAUCAUGGAGCAGGUGAAGGUGCAGAUCGCCGUGGCCAACGCGCAGGAGUUGCUGCAGAGGAUGACUGACAAGUGUUUCCGGAAGUGUAUCGGGAAACCUGGGGGCUCCCUGGACAACUCCGAGCAGAAGUGCAUCGCCAUGUGCAUGGACCGCUACAUGGACGCCUGGAACACCGUGUCCCGCGCCUACAACUCGCGGCUGCAGCGGGAACGAGCCAACCUGUGACCGGCGGGCCGGUGGCCACCCCGUCCUGUUUAUUUCCAUAAACGUGCUUUGAGA